AUGUCUGAGCCAGAGCCUGACCAUCACCAUCAGACACACACCCUCGCCCUUCCAGACCUCUCUGGGGCAGUUCCUACCUCUGCAGAGGCAAGGGCCAAGCGCCGCAUUGCCGCAUUAGAAGAGGAGCUGCAAAUGAUAUGGCAAGAAAGAGGAACCAAGCAGAGAAAGACAACCUACUAUGUUUCUCAAGGCAGGGCGAUUCGCCGCAUGGUUGUUCUCUAUACCAGCUUAGAAGACUUAAUCGCCGAAAAUGAUCGCAGGUACGAAGAGCAACCGGUUGACAAUACCACAGAGCAAGAUCGCUUGCAACGUGGUUACAUCACACUCGCGCAGGUUGUGCCUUGGCUACACCAACAACUUGCAGAACUCGACAUUGAUGACGCCGAAGAAAUGCUGAAAAAGCUCAAAAGAGGAGCUGAUGCUGCCCGCGGUGAUGAUACGUCCACUCUCAAGGACCUCAUUGCUGCCUGGGUCAAUCAAGAUUUCCGUCCGUCCUGUCUACUCAAGGCCGAUGACAAGCACUCGCGCGGCUUCGUACAUGACACUUGCGGAAAGUUGCUCUGCCCCGCCGAAUGGGACUGGAGUGAUGCACGUGUGAAGGCCGGUAUUCGCGACCGUACAUCUGAGUACAUCGUAUCGGAGAACUCCUGGCCACUCUUCCUCUAUGAGAAUUACUCGUUCGACAGUAGCAACCUCGAGAAAGGCCUCUUCAAGUCCAAGAUACUCGUUCAGGCUUUCAAAGCCACGUUUACAUUGCCGUCUUCCGCAAGAGAAGCUGACGGUGAUGGUGAUGGCGCCGACAUCCUCGAGAAUAACAGGCGCGCCAGGCGCGCAUUAAACCAGGCCAAGGUCAAGACGUAUGUUCGUUUCGCUCUAUCCGGCGUCACAUCUUGGCGCACCGUCGACGGUGACUUCGAUUACGAAAUGUUCUGGAACAACAUCGUAGACUUCUUCGAGGAUGUCCCUGGCCCUGUCGCACAACGUAGAGUGGCCCAACUUCUCGAGUGGUGGACCAGGAAAAUUUUUGGACGAAACCAUCGUGAGGACCUAACACCAGAGGUCGUGUCCAAAAUGUCCGUCACCGCUCUAGCCGACCAGAGAAAGGCGAUGGAGGAUGCCGCCUUUGACUCAGAUUAA